UGUGCUCGUUAUAAAGGUUGGCCGCAGUAACCGCGUGGGCUGAGGACUCAAUUACUACUAGUAACAUCGCCCAACAUGGGGGACUCCCUACAAUGCCUCAUCCUGGCAAAGUAUCCUACACAGAUUUUUGCAUUAACGGAGUUCCUGCUUGCCCUCAUAUCGCUGGGCCCGUCGCCGACGUUCAUACCCUUAGUGUUACUGAUCGCGACUCUCCGUAUCCAUGGAGCCAGAAUCGCAGGCCGCAACAUCCAAGAAUUAGAACUCAUGUUCUCAUGGGUAGCCGUCGCAGCUGGCUCAGUUUUGGCUCGUUAUACUUCGGCAACUACGGCUUUGUCAAGUCCAUCUCAAUCACUUGUUGCGGUUGGAAUCAUGUCUGGUAUCACAUACUCAUUAGCCAUCGUGACGGUUUAUUUAGAUAUGCGUCUUAAUCGUCGACUUCAAUCAACGUGGGCCCAGAUCACUUUCUUCCCUGUUGUAUGGGCGAUGACAUGGAGUGCUGUAUCGCACAUGUCGCCUGUCGGCAGACUUCUGAGCUGGACCCCAGUCUCAACAUCUCACCCCUAUGGUUGGCUGCUACCCUAUACAGGGCCCUUGGGCACAGACUGGCUUGUCGCUGCCUGUGCGGCUCUGUGUUCGGAAGUGGCAGCCAUCUGGCUCAUGGGUUCCGAUGAAGAGGAGAUUCACGCGUCCACUUCCGCCAGUGCACAUCAAAUGCAAUCCAGGAGGCGCUCGCGGAGUCUCAUCGCACUAGGAACUCUGCUGAUCGCACUCACACUUCCUUCUUUAUCCAUCACUCUCCCCAACCGAACUGACACUAUUGUUGAUCUUUCGCCAUUGGGUGUUGCAUGCGCUCUGCCACCCGUUCGCAAAAAUAGCCACCCGAGUCUCAGUGAUUUCAUUGCCGAGACCAGAAAAUUGACACCGCUGGCCAAGGUAGUAUUAUGGCCCGAAAGCGCCGUGGUAUUCAACAGCGAGAAGGAGAGAGAAGCUGCAUUUGAAACGUUGCGUACGGAUACCGGACAAUCCCUCAUCGGGGUUGCGUUUGAGGAAUUUGUCCUCGUGGAUCCGUCAAAUCCCAGUGGAUCUCGCAUGAAAAGGAACGGGCUUGCUCUCGUGCAUCGCGACCAGAAGGAAGGCGAAGAGAUUGUUCAGUAUUACAAGCGCAAUCUGGUACCUUUCACCGAAUCGUUCUCAGCAAUCCCCUCCACUGCGCCUCCCACCAUAUUCAACCUCGAGCUACCCGCUCCAAAAUGGACGACAAGAUCUGAAUGGUCUUCCACUCCAAACCAUACUCGACCAGUUCCAAUCACGUCGUCUAUCUGCCUCGAUUUUGCAUUCCCAUCUGCCUUUAGUUCCCUCGAUUCUCGACCCGCCUUAAUCCUGGCACCCGCUCACACAUGGGAUCCCGCUGUCGGUCUCGCGAUGUGGGAUCAAGCAAAGUCGCGUGCCAACGAGAUCGGCAGCAUGGUGCUGUGGUGUGACGGAGGGGCCACCGGAGUGAGCGGUAUUGGAGGUGGGGGAAUAUCUGAGAUUAUGCAGGUCGGCGCCGGUUCUUGGUCUCGUACCAUCGGCCUGCAGUUCCCCUUCGACCAAAGGAGGACUAUCUAUGCCGUGGUCGGAGAAUUUGGCGUCCUUGCUUUCUUUGCCGUGAUCAUGGGUGGUAGCUCAGUAGCAAAAUAUCUGCCGGCACUCUCCGGACGUCGUUUCCUGGAAGCAGUGCCGCUCUUGCAACGUAUGAUUCGUGGGAGAAGGAGGGACCAAGAGGAUCUGAUUGAUGUUGCAGUGCCGGGAGAGAGGCAGAACCUGCUCCACUGAUCGAAAGUCGUAUUGUCAAAUAUGCUUGCUUAUUUUUUUUUGUUGUUUUGUUGUUCUGCCUGCUGUAUCACCAUUCCAUAGUGUUUUUUAGCCUGCUUGUUACGAUCGCAAUAUCUAU